GCCUAGGGCGGGGCUUUGGGCGAUUGCAGCCGGCGGUCGGUCCGCCGGUCGGCGGCUGUGUGGGUAGCCGCCAGGUCGGCGGGGGCGGAGACGCGGGAGGUUGAUGGGGGUCACCUCAACCUCGGCCUCAACCUGUAGCACAGCUUCAGCCACGCAAACGGAGAUGGUGCCCUGGGUGCGGACGAUGGGGGAGAAGCUGAAGCAGCGGCUCCGGCUCGACGUAGGACGCGAGAUCUGCCGCCAGUACCCGCUGUUCUGCUUCCUGUUGCUCUGCCUCAGCGUCGCCUCCCUACUUCUCAACAGGUAUCUUCAUGUCUUAAUGAUCUUCUGGUCAUUUGUUGCUGGAGUUGUUACCUUCUAUUGCUCAUUGGGACCAGAUUCUCUCUUACCAAAUAUAUUCUUCACAAUAAAAUACAAACCCAAGCAGUUAGGACUUCAAGAAUUAUUUCCUCAAGGUCGUAGCUGUGCUGUUUGUGGUAAAGUGAAAUGUAAACGACAUAGGCCUUCCUUACUACUUGAAAACUACCAGCCAUGGCUAGAUUUGAAAAUUUCUUCCAAGGUUGAUGCAUCUCUCUCAGAGGUUCUUGAAUUAGUGUUGGAAAACUUUGUUUAUCCGUGGUACAGGGAUGUAACAGAUGAUGAGUCCUUUGUUGAUGAACUGAGAAUUACAUUACGGUUUUUUGCAUCUGUCUUAAUUCGAAGGAUUCACAAGGUGGAUAUUCCAUCUAUUAUAACCAAGAAACUGUUAAAAGCAGCAAUGAAGCAUAUAGAAGUGAUAGUUAAAGCCAGUCAGAAAGUAGAAAAUACAGAGUUUUUACAGCAAGCUGCUUUAGAAGAAUAUGGUCCAGAGCUUCAUGUGGCUUUGAGGAGUCGAAGAGAUGAAUUACACUAUUUAAGGAAACUCACUGAACUACUUUUUCCUUAUAUUUUGCCUCCUAAAGCAACAGACUGCAGAUCCCUGACCUUACUUUUAAGAGAGAUCCUGUCUGGUUCAGUGUUCCUUCCAUCUUUGGAUUUCCUAGCUGAUCCAGAUACUGUGAAUCAUUUGCUUAUCAUCUUCAUAGAUGACAGUCCACCUGAAAAAGCAACUGAACUGCCUUCCCCUUUGGUUCCAUUCUUGCAGAAAUUUGCAGAACCUAGAAAUAAAAAGCCAUCUGUGCUGAAGUUAGAAUUGAAGCAAAUCAGAGAGCAGCAAGAUCUCUUAUUUCGUUUUAUGAACUUUCUGAAACAAGAAGGAGCAGUGCAUGUAUUGCAGAUAUGUCUGACUGUGGAGGAAUUCAAUGAUAGAAUUUUGCGACCAGAGUUGUCAAAUGAUGAAAUGCUGUCUCUUCAUGAAGAGUUGCAGAAGAUUUAUAAAACCUAUUGUUUGGAUGAAAGUAUUGACAAAAUUCGAUUUGAUCCCUUUAUUGUAGAAGAGAUUCAAAAAAUUGCUGAAGGCCCUUAUAUAGAUGUUGUGAAACUUCAAACUAUGAGAUGCCUUUUUGAAGCAUAUGAACAUGUACUGUCUCUCUUAGAGAAUGUGUUUACACCUAUGUUCUGCCACAGUGAUGAGUAUUUCAGGCAACUUUUAAGAGGUGCAGAAUCACCAACACGCAAUUCAAAAUUGAACAGAGGUAGCCUAAGUUUGGAUGAUUUUCGGAGCACACAGAAGAGAGGAGAAUCAUUUGGAAUCAGCAGAAUAGGUAGCAAAAUUAAAGGAGUAUUCAAAAGUACCACAAUGGAGGGAGCUAUGUUGCCUAAUUAUGGGUUAGCCGAAGGUGAAGAUGACUUUAUUGAAGAAGGUAUUGUUGUAAUGGAAGAUGAUUCUCCAGUGGAAGCUGUGAGCACACCUAAUACUCCCCGAAACCUUGCUGCAUGGAAAAUUAGCAUUCCAUAUGUAGACUUUUUUGAAGAUCCCUCCUCUGAAAGGAAGGAGAAGAAGGAGAGAAUACCUGUGUUUUGUAUUGAUGUUGAAAGAAAUGAUAGAAGAGCAGUUGGGCAUGAGCCUGAACAUUGGUCUGUCUAUAGAAGAUAUCUUGAAUUCUAUGUACUUGAAUCAAAACUAACAGAGUUUCACGGCACAUUUCCUGAUGCCCAGCUUCCUUCCAAGAGGAUCAUUGGCCCCAAAAAUUAUGAAUUCUUAAAGUCAAAGAGAGAAGAAUUUCAGGAAUAUCUACAGAAACUUCUGCAGCACCCAGAACUGAGUAAUAGUCAACUUCUGGCGGAUUUUCUCUCCCCCAAUGGCGGGGAAACACAAUUUCUUGAUAAGAUACUACCAGAUGUAAAUCUUGGUAAAAUUAUAAAGUCUGUUCCUGGAAAACUAAUGAAAGAGAAAGGCCAGCAUUUGGAACCUUUCAUCAUGAAUUUCAUUAAUUCUUGUGAAUCUCCAAAGCCUAAACCAAGUAAACCGGAACUGACCAUUCUCAGCCCUACUUCAGAAAACAACAAGAAGCUUUUCAGUGAUCUAUUUAAGAAUAAUGCAAACCGUGCUGAGAAUACAGAAAGAAAGCAAAAUCAGAAUUAUUUUAUGGAGAUGAUGAGUGUAGAAGGAGUCUAUGAUUACCUGAUGUAUGUAGGACGGGUGGUUUUCCAAGUUCCUGACUGGCUUCAUCAUCUCUUAAUGGGAACUCGAAUCCUGUUUAAAAAUACCUUGGAAAUGUAUACUGACUACUAUCUUCAUUGUAAACUAGAACAACUAUUUCAGGAGCACCGUUUGGUCUCACUUAUAACACUUCUCAGAGAUGCUGUAUUCUGUGAAAACACUGAACCUCGUUCUCUCCAAGAUAAGCAAAAACGAGCAAAACAGACUUUUGAAGAAAUGAUGAAUUACAUUCCAGAUCUGAUAGUCAAGUGUAUUGGUGAAGAAGCCAAGUAUGAAAGCAUCAGACUUCUAUUUGAUGGCUUACAACAGCCAGUUCUCAAUAAACAGCUGACUUAUGUUUUAUUGGACAUUGUGAUACAAGAACUAUUUCCAGAGCUCAAUAAGGUACAAAAAGAAGUUACCUCUGUGACGUCCUGGAUGUAAACAUUUGGAUUUGAGAUACAAUGACCAGAUAGAUAACAAAUUUCUGCUUUGCUAAUUAAUGUAGUAUAUAUGUACUUUUUUCUUUUACUUUUGUAUAUUCUUGUAUAUAUCAUGUAAUCCAGUGUCUGAAUUUUUGAUUUUUUUUUUGUUUUAAUAAAGACUAACACAAACUUAAUAAUGAUUAAAAGUGA